AUGGGCUUAAAAGUAUGCUGUUUAGUCGGUCAGUCUCUGGUUCGGAAAUGGAGGACUUGGUCUCGCAAUCCGGUAUCUUUGUGGGUUCGGAGCUUACGAUCAAAGGCUGCUUUGGAAGCCAUUGCUAAAGCUUCGGAAGAGAGAGUUCCCGGUGUUGCGCUCUACAAUUAUCCCUCUUUUUCUGGAGCUUACUCGGCUCUUUUUGCUCACCUCUUCCGCACUUAUCAUAAUAUCCCGUGCCUUAUUUUGCCUUUCUCUUCUGUUGAGCCUCUCAGGGUUGAAGAUCUGAACAUUGAAGGCCUUGAGACAUGUUAUCUACUUGACUUUCUUUGUCCAAAAGAGUUUCUUUUGAAACUUUCACAGCAAUUAGAAUGCAAGGUUAUUGGGUUUGAUCACCAGAAAUCAGUACUUCCAUGUAUUCCCGAUGUCAAUGAUUGCCCUGGGAAUCUCACUCUUCAUGUAAACCUUGAAAAGAGUAGCUCCAGUGCUGUUUAUGAAUACUUUUCUGCCAAACAUGGAGAUAUUACAGUUCCUGAUCAUGCGGCUCCAAGUUUGCAGGACUCAAAAGUAAGAGAUCGUGUGGAACUUGUUCUCAAAUAUAUUGAGGAUGGAGACCUUCGUCGGUGGAGCUUGCCCAACAUCAGGGCCUUUAACUUUGGAAUGGGUGAAUGGCGCUCAAGAUUCAAUUGCAUUGCUAAUCCAUACAUGUAUGAGCAGUUGCUGGAGUUAACUGCUGAAGAUUUAGUUGCUAAAGGAAACUCACAUCUGUCAUCCCGCCAGAGUGCUGCAAAUAAGUUACUGGGAAAAUUUUUCAGGGUUCGGCUGGGUAGAGGAUUUUAUGGAGAGUGUCUGGGAGUCAGGGCAGAUGAGAACUCAAAUUUAAGUGAAGAAAUCGGCAAGCUCCUGAGCGUCAAGAGUGCUGCUGCUGGUCUAAGGUAA